CGUGCCGGUGUUUUUCCACUCAGCAGGAUGGGUGAUGCUCAAAGCUCCCUCAUUAGACAACAGACACGAGAGGUCAGGAAGAAAGCGCUUAUAAAUUACCGUUUCCUCCCGCUCGGCGCUGUUAGUCGCGCCGCACCGCUCCGCCGAACGCUCCGCACGGCCGCAGGGGCGCAACGGCGCGCAGGCACCGCGGGCAGCAGCGGACGCAGGAAGAGAAAAUCCACUCCGGAGAGACUUUUCUUCACUGCCUCAUCCUAUGGAGGAAUCACCACUGCCCAUCUACAUUGAGGAGGGGACAGAAGUCCCGAUUGGCAGACUUUGAUUUCUGUGUAUUCAUCGGAGCUUGGAAAACCACUUGUUUGAAGACUUGAUUUGUAAGGAUUAUUGAGUGAGAAAGCAGAAACAUGGCAACAAAGGAAAAGCUUCAGUGCUUGAAAGAUUUCCACAAGGACAUCCUCAAACCUUCCCCCGGCAAGAGCCCGGGGACGCGGCCUGAGGAUGAGGCAGAAGGAAAGCCGCCCCAGAGGGAGAAGUGGGCGAGCAAGAUUGACUUUCUGCUGUCCGUGGCUGGGGGAUUUAUUGGCUUAGGCAAUGUCUGGCGGUUCCCGUAUCUCUGCUACAAAAACGGCGGAGGUGCAUUUCUUAUUCCUUAUUUCAUUUUCCUGUUUGGGGGAGGUCUUCCCGUUUUUUUCCUGGAGGUGGUGCUAGGACAGUAUACCUCUGAAGGUGGAAUUACAUGCUGGGAAAAGAUCUGCCCUAUUUUCACUGGAAUUGGUUAUGCUUCCAUAGUGAUUGUGUCCCUUCUGAACGUGUACUACAUUGUGAUCCUGGCCUGGGGACUCUACUACCUGUUCCAGUCGUUCCAGAGCGUCCUGCCGUGGGCACACUGCCACCAGAAGUGGAACACACCGACCUGUGUGGAAGACACUCUCAGGAAGAACAAAACCCUCUGGAUAUCACUGAAUGCCACUAACUUCACCUCUCCUGUCACAGAGUUCUGGGAGCGCAAUGUACUGAGCUUGUCCUCAGGGAUUGAAGAUAUUGGUAUUAUCAAGUGGGAUCUGGCACUGUGUCUCCUCCUCGUCUGGGUGAUAUGCUUCUUCUGCAUUUGGAAAGGAGUCAAAUCCACUGGGAAAGUAGUGUACAUCACUGCCACGUUCCCAUUCAUCAUGCUCCUUGUUCUGCUCAUCCGUGGUGUGACCCUGCCUGGAGCUGCAGAAGGCAUCAAGUUUUAUCUUUACCCUGAUAUCUCACGGUUAGCUGACCCACAGGUCUGGAUAGAUGCAGGGACACAAAUCUUCUUCUCAUAUGCAAUCUGCUUAGGAGCAAUGACUUCCCUGGGGAGCUACAACAAGUACAAAUACAACUGCUAUAGGGACUGUUUGCUGCUGGGAUGCCUGAACAGUGGUACCAGUUUUGUGUCUGGCUUCGCAAUUUUUUCCGUCCUGGGCUUCAUGGCACAAGAGCAAGGGGUGAACAUUGCUGAUGUGGCAGAGUCAGGUCCAGGCCUGGCCUUCAUUGCCUACCCAAAAGCUGUGUCCAUGAUGCCACUGCCCACCUUUUGGGCAAUCCUUUUUUUUAUUAUGCUUCUGUUGCUUGGACUGGAUAGCCAGUUUGUUGAAGUUGAAGGACAGAUCACGUCAUUAGUUGAUCUGCACCCAUCCUUCCUAAGGAAGGGUUACCGACGGGAAAUCUUCAUCGCUAUAGUAUGUUUCCUUAGCUAUCUUCUGGGACUAACUAUGGUGACUGAGGGUGGCAUGUAUGUUUUUCAACUCUUUGACUACUAUGCAGCUAGUGGUGUAUGCCUUUUGUGGGUUGCAUUCUUUGAAUGUAUUGCUGUAGCCUGGGUUUAUGGCGCUGAUAAUAUUUAUGAUGCCAUUGAGGAUAUGAUUGGAUACAGACCUGGUCCCUGGAUGAAAUGGAGCUGGAUUGUGAUCACACCAGUUCUUUGUGUGGGGUGCUUUGUCUUUUCUUUGGCCAAGUACAAACCAUUGACCUACAACAAGGUCUACACAUACCCUGAGUGGGCAAUCGGCCUGGGAUGGGUUCUUGCCCUUUCCUCCAUGAUCUGCAUCCCUAUGGUGAUGGUCAUCCGCAUCAUACGAUCAGACGGGUCGCUCAUUGAGAGGAUAAAAGCAGUGGCUGCCCCCAAGGAAGUGAAUCGGUGGUCCAAAGAAACAGAGAGUGGCACUCCCUUCUGCCCCAAUGGAACUUCGAAUGGCGGAUUGAUCAAGCCAACUCAUAUCAUUGUGGAAACCAUGAUGUGAGCUCUCUCUGUGAGAGGAUAAACCUGCUUUAACUGCCGUUUACUAACCAUAGAUUCUCAUAGGACCAGGUUUACAGAGCUUUAUAUUUGCACUAGGAUUUAUUUUUAUUUCUCACAGAGAAAGUUAUUUUUUGUGUGUGCUUUUUUUUUUUUUUUAAUAUUUUGUAAGGUAAUCACAGCAGAUGUCUCUCUGUAGAGGGAGAGCAUUCAUAUCAGACUAGACAUAUUACAGGAAUUUACUAUUACUGUUUUUUUAAAUAUAUAUAUAUCUUUAUCUCUUAAACGUUAUACACCUUACCACUUGAAUUGAUUGUCUUGCCAGCAAUAUAUUCAAGUCUCAGAAAGCAAUUUUAGGUGCUGGUGUGGUUGGGAGCAGGGUAACCUACAGAACACACAAAAGGCGCUCUGUUGAGAGAUAUGAGAAGAAAAAAACAACAACAACAAAACACAAAGAUGCUGUUUCAAGAGAAUUUUCAAAGGUGUAGUAUUUCCACCCUCUGGUUCGAUUGUGGUAAACGACAGGCUUCAGGGUCACAAGAGGGAAAAGGGUGCAGUUGUGUUUAGCACAGUCCCUGAAUAGAGAUAGCAGCGGGCAGCUGGAGCAGGGUGUUUGAGUGGGCAGAGGAGCUGGGUGUGAAGAGCCUCACAGCCCUUCCUGCAGGCACAGAGCUGGGAUCCAGGCACACAAACAAGAGGAGGGCUUGAGGAAGGGGAUUCCAGGACUUGGCACAGCUCACUCUUUUAUUAUUAUUAUUAUUAUUAUUUUUUGUUUAGGUGAAGUGCCUGCUGCUUGUGUGUGAUCAGGCGGGUUGAGCACCUGCUCUUUAGUGUUCCAGCAAAGACUUUAGCAGAGAAGUCACUGGGAUAAGCUUGAAUUCUGCAGCCUGACCCCAAGCAGCACAGAGCAGCACCUGUGAUCCUGGUGCUUCAGGUGUUUGCCCACUCACUCAUUUGCAUGUUAACUAUUGGACUUUGUUUGGGGCAGAAAAAUAAUUUAAAAAAAAACACCAAUCCUUUGUGGACUCUGACUGUCCAAAGGUGGGCACAGUGCAGGUCAUCCCCAACACCAGGAACAGAGCCACUCACCUACACCUGGCGUAAGCACUGUUUAUAGCCUUGUUAAUAAUAAUAGUGAGGAAGAUAAUAAUAUCAGCCAGCAAACACGUACUUUUCAUCCAUGUAUCUCGAGAAUGCUUUGCUAGGUUUGGUAACCAGGAUUCUCUUUAUUUAUUUAUUUGGAGGAAUUGGAUUCUGUUGGGGGGAACAGACAGAAGGAUUUGGUUUGUUAAAGCAGCAGUGGAUCUGGUGUGUGCAAACUGCUGAGUCACAGCCUGAACCACUGAUUGAGCACCUGGGAAAGGACCGGGUCAGCCCUGCGAGCACAGGUGAAGGCAAUUGAGCUGUGUGACCAGCAGGGGUGGAACCUGGCUGCAGCUCUCUUAGACCCCAUUUAAGGGCUGACUGCCACUCUGGAAGGUUCUCUGGUUGGAGAUCCCUCCUUUGUGGAGUCUUUCCUGUCAGCUUAGAGCUUCAGAGAUGGGUGAGCACCUUUCCUUUUCCAUUGUAACACCGUUCCAUCUAUGCUGGUCCCUUUGCUGUUGCACUCCUGUAUUGCUCUUCUGCUGUGUUGAUCUUUCUGAUGUUGAUCUUUCUGGGUUCUCCAUCUGCUUGCCCACCAUUAGGUUAGAUUGCAGUUUCUUUUUCAGGGUGGCAGACAUAUUUCUAAAGCCUAUGGAUAUGUCUGCUAAAGAAACAGGACAUAGGGGACUUUGAGUUAAAACAAAGGAAAUGUAACACUGCAAUAUUUUGUAUUUAUUUGGUCCGAAGGAAUUGUGUUCCAUUCCAGGUUGACCUGAGGAAUAAGGAAAACACCACUGGGAGGAGUGUGGCAGUGGGGGUGCAGCAGCUUUGCUGGGUGCUGCUUUGUGUGGGCCAGGGGGAUGCUUCCAUGGGGAGCUGCUCCCUGAAGACUGUCCAAGACAUGGACAGAAGUCUUUUUUCUGUUUUAAACUUGAGCAGGUUGUGCUGGGAACAGAUUCUCUGCCAAAACUCAGCUUUUUCUUGUGGGCAUUCUAUUUUUAAGGAAGGGUUUUUUCUUCUCAUGAUACCCCGAUAUUAGGCUAUCCAAAGGUAUCUAGAGGAAGUGACAACAGCAGAGCUUGUAUCUGUUGAUUUUGCUGUCAGCUUAGUCUGUCAGGGCAGAUCUUGUCAUUUCAACAGGAACAUAUCCAAUUCGAAACAUUCCUACUCAGAAGGUUUGAUUUGUUUGUUCACGUCCCAUGGACUGACUGGCUGCAGCAGCACACUUGUUGAAUAACUUGUUGGUAUUACUGUAAAAGCAAAAGGAUGAUUUAAAGUUAAGAGAUGGACCAAAAGCAAAAAAAGAUUUUUUUUUCUACUUUGAAUUUGUACUUGUUUUUACAUCACAGGGCUGAGUUGCAGCAACAAAACCAGCCAUGUCAGCAUUGCUUUUUGUUUUGUUUUUUUUUUUCUGGUUGCUGUAUUACAGGAGUUUAAAGGAAACUUUUCCACAGCUGGAGAUGGCAAACUCUUUGAUUUCAGCUGCAGGGCAGUGGCGACUGCCUUUCUGAAAGCAGGAAUUCUAUUGGGCCAGGAGGGUUCUGGCUGGAAUUUGCCAUCAGAUGUGUGCAAAAUAAGGAAACAGCUGUUUUUGUUCUUUUAAUCUUUUAACCAUCAAGGACAAGGAAAUGCGAUUGUAGAUGACUCUUUCAGUGGGAUUCAACAUGGACCCUUGUUUUUGAGUUACGAUUAGUGUCUGCAGUGCGCAGGCAUGCUUGCCUGGGUUAAGAUUGAAGCAUGAGGUUUGGGGGGGGAGUUUAAAUUAAUGGUUUAUGUGAGUGUAGAUGAAACACUGCUUAAUUUACAUUUAAUUUUCUUGAUAUGUUGCCAUAUGGCUGCGUAUGAGAUUUGUUUGCACAUCAGAUUUGUACUAUAGAGAUGAGACAAGCUUUAGGUAGGGGAAAAAAUGGUUUGACUACAUCAAAAACGUCUGGUGAGUUCAGUGAGCCAUCUCCCACUUGUGGAGAGCAUCUUUGUGCUGAAAACCAGAGGGCCAAUACUACACCUUUAAAAGUACAACAACCAGAGAACCAGAACCCAGCCCCAUUUCGAUGUGAACUUGUGCCAUUCAAAUCAGUUGCUUCCAUGUACCAUGUGAGAGAGUCUUGCACGUAUGCAACAACCUCAUCCAGGUGAUCUCCAAGUACACUGCUCUGGCCCUGCUGUGCUUGUCAGCAUGACUGCAAGGGAGGGCUGGGGCUCACAGAGAGCUAAGAAACGUUUCUGGAAAAUAGUUCCCCUCUCCCCUCCAAAAUGAUUCUUUCUGUUUUAAAAUGGGGUCUGAGUUCCAAUGAGCACAUGCACAUUUUAAAGUGUUUUUUACCUGACGUUUUUUAUCGGGUUUCUGAACUUUUCUUGUUGAUAUUGAUAAAUUUGCAUUUUAAUGUGAUCCUCUGCCAAAAUUAUUAAAAAAUGAUUUUUAAGUCUGUGUUUCUACCUAUUUAUGAUUGCAAAUGCAAGUGAUUUCUUGUUCCUGAUUGUUUAAACAUUUGUGACUUAUUUUACCUGUUUUUUGUAAAUGAGGAACUUUAUACUGAGUUAUCAUGGCUAGUCAUAAGUGAACUGGUUUGGAUACUGUUAAAAAUAAGUGUGGGUUUUGGCAAGAGAUCUUCAGGAUGAGAGCAUUGAAUGUAAAGACAGCAGAACAGAACAAAAGCACACCUUUCGUGUCCCACACACCUUUGUAUUGCUCAGCUGCUGUGGGAUUGGAAAUGGCACAUUUCCAGCAGCAUUCCUUCCCAGCUGAGCUGAGAUGGAAGAUGGCAGAACUGCAAAGAAAUUUGCACCACGAGAUUCUCUGAGUUGUUCCUGAUCUUUCUCAGUUUUCCAAACGUCUGUUGUAGUUCACCUGUGACUAGUUAUGAUCUUACUGAAUGGGCAUCUAUUGUAAGGGACUUUACCAGUAUUCUGUAUUUUGGUAUUUAAACAAUAUGAUUUCAUAAAUAGAACUGGUUUUUAUUACUA